CAACAACGCGUCUCUAUUUCUCAAACACUACAGCGUCACUCGCAAUCACUUCAAAAUUCCCAUUGCACGCGUAACAGUUAUAUCCAACGUCUGUAUCUCAUCAUACCCUACCACUACAUCACGAUGGCGACACCUUCACCGCAGACUUGGACACUUCGUCUCAAGUCCUACAAGACCACCGUCAUCCUACACGUCGACCCUCUAUACACCUUCGACACUAUCAAGACGUACCUGUACGAUGCUCUACAAGAGACCGACUUUAAGAACCCCGAAACCGGCGAGUCGAUACCACUACCUUCAUCCGCGUCAGACAUCCAGCUCGGUCGGCCAGUAAAUAUCAACGACGCAAACGAGGGUUUCCAAUUAGGAGAGUGGGAAUAUACCAUUGGCGAAGAAGAAGAGGAGGGUGGCAAGGGUAAAGGAAAAGCGAAAGCCAGUGGGAGCGCCAACGGUGGCGCGAAAGCAGGCACAGCGAACGUCAAGCAAUGUCCUAAGGGCGCCGGACUGAAGGACGGCGCUGUCUUAGCCUUCCGGUGGCCUGGCGACGGCAACUGGGACGGUGAAGAUGAGCUCGACGUUGACGAGGGAAGACCUGGAAAGGCUGGAGAUAUGUGGGGUGUCAAGCUGGCGAGCUUCGAAGACGCGUACGGCGUUGAGAACGAAACGGAUGUGGGUGGUAGACCGGAGUUCGAGGGCUGAACCAACCUCGACAGUCGUUCAGAUGGUGUGCUCACCAGGGAUGGCUACAGUUCUUUCCGCAGAUCUCUCUGGGUUGAAGUAUACAUCAUCUUAGCCAGUAUUUAUUUGGCAAGAUUUAAUAGAAUAAGUGCUAAAUGUACUCGCCAUACACUGGGGGCCACUUUCUUAGCCAUUCAGUCGCUGCAUCGCUAA